AACAAAUAAGAAUUUUGGAAGAGCUCGCAAAUUUAACAAAAUUUUAUAUUUUUUAAUGCAAAUUAACAAAGUAAAUAAAUAAAAAUUAAAUUUACGUUAUAAAUUAGCUAUCAACCUCAUUAAAACUUUGAUAAAAAAGUUGGUGUCGUUAAAAAAGAGAAGAAAUUUUUCUCAUUGCGUGGUGCAAAGAAGUAAACAACACCGCGCCAGUGAAUAGCAGAAGAGAUUCUUCGUUUAUUGGAAAAUUCCAGAGAAAUAAUUGCAAUUUAUUAAAAUAAUAUGCAAAGGCCAGCAAUAGCGGCUGAUCUUUUACAGCAACAAAUGUUCCUUCCAACCGAUGCCAUGUUCAAGCAACAGCAACCGGCUAUUAAUAUGUUGCCAACACCAACAACCAACUGGAGCAUGGAAUCGAUGCCUUGGAAGAUAACAAAAGCUGAUGCAGAUGGAGAUGUUAUGGAGUUUACUGCACAUUCAAGAAAUCAAUUAGUACACCGCACUGGAAUACUGCAUCAAAAGCGUAAACCAGAUCCUAAUCUUACACCACCACAGCCGGUGAAGCAGUUCAUUUCUGAAGAGAAAAUAACCGCACAUUUUAAUGGAUUGCACAUAUCAAGUGAUUAUAUUCAACACAGCGCUGGACCCGAUUCCGAAGAUGCACCUUCCACCAGCGGCAAAUGCUUCUCAAAUCUUAGUUAUGAAGAUUACCAAAUGACUGCCAAGGAAUUGGAAAAGAAAUUGCUCAAUGCGAAUCGAAUAACUAUUUGUGAUGAAUUAAAAAAGAAAAUUCAAGAGCAACAAAAAAAUGUUUCUUAUUUGCCGGAAGCUUUGCUCAAUCGCAUAGAGAAGCCCUGCACGGCUUUGGUUUUGUGGCAGCCACCACCACCCAUCAUAAAUAUGUUUAAGAAAAAUGUCAAAUAUGAAAACGCAUAUACAAAUGCGAGUGGCGGUAACGAAUUAAACAUUAACGACUCGAUUCCCGACAUCGACUUACCCCCAGAAAGAGAGGAUGAUGAAGAUAUCGAUGAUUACGUUGAUAAUAAUAACACGUGCAAUCUCGAUUUUAACAAUGUCAAACCAGAUAGCAUGGAUGAGGAUAUGUAGUUAUGCUGUGAUUAGUUAUGUAAAACAAUUUUAAUAUCUUUUCUUUAAUCUACUUUGGAUUAAAGAUAUUCUGCGUUUUUAAAUCGACUGUUAACACCACAUUCACCUUCGUAUUCGUAUCGAUCAUUUCCUAAUCAUUAAACCUUUUUAAUAUAUACAACUUUUUAUACAUUAUCAACAUGUGAUUACUCCGAUGCAGAUGAAAUUUGUGUCCAAGAUAAAUCUAUUUAUAAGCUUGAGAUAAAUAACUAAUAUGUUGCUAAGAAAAACAAAAUCGUUAUUGACAUGCAUGUAUUCUAUUUGUAAUAAUGCGUUUUAUAAAUAUUCUCAUGUCUCAUUUAUCUAAUAAAUUCAAUUUUAUACGUU